GAAGGACAAGCACGGCAGAAGAGGCAGGCUCCAGUCGAGCUGGUAUAGCAGGCGAAAACAGUGGAGAACUAAGGUUAAUUCCAGUGAGCCUCAGCGUGAACAAAAAAGUAAUCACGAAGCUUGCGCAUGGCAUGAGCAGGAACAGGACUCUGGCAGGCAAACGUCCAUUAAUUGGGUAAGCAGAAGGUUUAUCGAAAGAUAUUGACCAUUAGUGUCUCGGAUACCUCAGCAAGAAGUUGUGUGCCAAGUUUCAGGCUGGCUCUUGCAGCACAUUGAGUGACGUGAUCCGUGUGACGGCAGAGCUCUGUUUUCCAUAUAUUCAGAGAGAUGGACUUGAAGAUUCUCCUUGUAAUUGCCGUUGCAAUAUGCCUGAAGAUGGACACAUCCGCCGGAAGCAUAUACCAUUCCCCAAGACACCAAUGUAUUCCACCUUUAGUUCGACUCCUACCACCCACCGUCUACUAUGUUUCCGGGGUGUCUAUAUGUGGCCUUAUUUGUUCCCAGACCAGCUGCUUGUUCUACGAAUUCACAGAAACGGAUGGGACUUGCAAGAUCCAUGGCAUAGGAAUGGAGCCGACGAACGUUUAUGUGAACACUGAUGCUGCAGCGCCCCCCGAAGGGGGACCUCUUCGGGAGAAGGCUAAAGCACAACCAACAUACCCCCAACCGUCAAUGUUGAACGCUUCCCUUGCAAUUGAUGACAAUAUGACGACUCACUGGGAGAAUGGAUGGGUGAAGCCUUGGUGGAUGGUUGACCUCGGAGCUUACUAUAUCAUCCACCACGUUAACAUCUUGCCAAGACAGGGAUACUUCAGUUUUCGGUUCCAAGAAGUGGAGAUUCGAGCUGGUCCAGAGCUGAAAACGGACGCAGACUUGACCACGUGGGAAUUCAUAGGAUUCUACCCAGGCAUCUACCAAGAUGGUGGUGGUCGUCUGACGUUCAACCAUACCCAGGGAGUCUGUGGACGCUUUCUCUCCGUGCAGCGAAUCAACGCCCUGAGUGAUACUUUAGCUCUCGCCGAGGUUCUGGUUUACGUUCGUCAAAAUGCGACAUAUUAAGAUGUAAAGCCAUUUUGUUUCUGUGCCUAAUCGGCAUACUUUCAGUUUGCAUUGAGGGUAAUUUGGUGAUGUGUGAAAAUCAUUCGCAAGCAGAAUUAUCAUUGCAAUU